UGGAAGCUCUGAAGGAAAUAGCAAGCAAGUUGGGAAAAAAGAAUUGGAAUUUCAGUGUAGAUCCAUGCAGUGGAGAAUCGGGUUGGGCCAACCAGAGUGAGCCUAACGGGUUUCAGAAUGCUGUUACCUGUGAUAACUGCACCUCUGAUAAGACCACCUGCCAUGUUGUCAGCAUGAGGCAAUUAUUAAUAUAGAAGAAUGGGUGAGACUGGGAAGCAAUAUCGUUCCCAUAGGGACAAUGAUGGAGAUAAAAAGAAUGAAUCAGAAGAGACGGGGAAAUGAUAGAGAUGACAAGGGUAAUGAUGAACUAAUCAUUUAUAGGAUUCUAUGCCUAGAUGGGUUUAUUGGUGGGCGAGAUGUGUUUGGUAGUUGGUGAGAUGUGUAUGGAGAAAUUAUGAGAUGGGGAUUGAUGAGAUGAUACUUUUGUUAAAGGAUAAAAUUGUGAUUCUAAAAAAAUUCAUUAAGUGUGUAGAGUAAGGAAACUUAGUGUGUGAAAAUAAAAUUUCUCAAAAAUUGAAGAUUCAAAAAAAUUUAUGGAAUGCUAAUACCAGCACUUUUUUUUAGCGUAUACAAGCACUGUCAAAUGAUGAAAUCAGGAUAUUACCCCUCAUGCUACUUCUUGAAAUAACGACAUUAUUCCUCUCCUUCCACCGCGACAACCGUUACCGCCAACGUCUCUUUUGUCUUUUAUUUCUUUUCUAGGUCGAAGCCCUUUUCUCUCCUGCCUCAAAAUCUGUCACUCUCUUAUCUCCACCAUUUUGAGGGACUAAGAGAGUUCUCAAAUCACAAAAUCUUGGUGGCAUUCUCCCUCCAGAAUUGGUCAAACUCCCUUAUCUCCAAGAAUUUGACAUCAGCCGCAACUACGUUAAUGGUACUAUCCCUCCAGAAUGGGGUUCCUUGCCACUAGUAAACAUAUCCCUCCUUGGAAACCGAAUAACAGAAUCCUCGAGUUCAAUGAACUAUCGGGAGACCUUCCUCAGGAGCUUGGUAACCUUUCCAGCAUUACGAGACUGUAUUUAACCUCAAAUAAUUUUUUUGGGGACCUGCCGGGAACACUAGCAAAGUUGACCACUUUGAAGGACUUUCGGAUCGGCGACAACUUCUUCACAGGAAGCAUACCCAAUUUCAUCCAAAACUGGAUACAUCUUGAAGCUUUAUUGAUUCAGGCUAGUGGCUUGGAUGGUCCAAUUCCUUCUGGCAUUGCCUUUCUGACUAAUAUGACCGACUUGAGAAUUAGCGACUUGAAUGGAAGCAAAGUGUCUGAUUUUCCAUUCGUCGGUAACAUGACAAAACUAAAGAGACUGUUGAUGAAAAGUUGCAACAUUAAUGGAAGCUUACCAGUAUAUCUUGGGACAACUCAAUGGACUGAAUUAAAAUUUUUAGACCUUAGCUUUAACAAACUAAGUGGAGAAAUUCCAAGCACCUUUAAGAAUCUGAGCAAUUUAACUUCCAUUUAUUUAACUGGUAACUUGCUCAAUGGAUCUGUGCCUACUUAUUGGAUGCUGGAUAGUAGACUGAAGGUGUCAAUCGAUCUAUCCUAUAACAACUUAAGCUCAUCAGGUGAUUCAUUUUGCGGAAGCCGACAAAGUAAAUUGAACUUGUUUGGAAGCUCUUCAGAGGACAAUGCUUCUGAAAUUCUUGCCUGCCGUGGUUGUCUACGAAAUGUCUCUUCUUUCCAUAUAAAUUGUGGUGGAAGUGAUGUAGCUGUUGAUGGAAAAACAUAUGAAAAAGAUACAGAUUCAGCUGGGUCUUCAUGGUUUUUCAUAAGCCCAACUAAUUGGGCUUUUAGCAGCACUGGUGACUUUGUGGAAGAUAAUCGCCCUUCAAAGACAUACCAUUGGACAAAUACUUCGAGGCUCUCUAUGAAGAAUUCCGAGUUGUACAUGAAUGCACGGCUUUCUCCCCUAUCCCUGACUUACUAUGGUUUCUGUCUACUAAAUGGAAACUACACAGUAAAGCUUCACUUUGCAGAGAUCAUGUUUACUGAUGAUGAAACAUAUUUUAGUGUUGGAAGACGAACAUUUGAUGUUCACAUUCAGGGAAAGCGGGUGCUGGAGGAUUUUAAUAUUGAGCAUGCAGCAGGUGGGGUUGGUAAGGAAACCAUACAAAAUUUUACAGCAGAAGUGACGGAAAGCACAUUAGAUAUACGGUUCUAUUGGGCAGGAAGAGGGACAACUGCUAUCCCUUUUAAGGGAGUAUAUGGUCCUCUCAUUUCAGCCAUUUCUGUGAAUCGUAAUUUUGAUCCAUCAGAGAAUAGGAGUAAUGCAUCUGUAUCAAGAAAGGGAAAUACUAUAUCUACAGGCAGUAUAGUUGGAAUUGUGGCUGGAGUAGUAUUUGCUAUCUUCCUAAUGCUGGGUAUUCUUUGGUGGAAAGGAUGUCUACAACACAAUAAUACGAUGGAACAUGAUCUAAAGGGUCUACACCUACAUACUGGUUCAUUUACCUUAAGGCAAAUUAAAGCUGCCACAAAGAAUUUUGAUGUUGCUAAUAAGGUUGGAGAGGGUGGUUUUGGUUCGGUGUACAAGGGCCUUUUAUUGGAUGGCACUGUGAUUGCUGUGAAGCAGCUUUCUUCCAAAUCAAAGCAAGGAAAUCGUGAGUUUGUGAAUGAGAUAGGCAUGAUUUCUGCCUUACAACACCCUAAUUUGGUAAAGCUCUAUGGAUGUUGCAUUGAAGAAGAUCAACUGUUGCUAGUAUAUGAGUACAUGGAAAACAACAGCCUUGCUCGUGCUUUGUUUGGACCUGAAGAACACCGGUUAACACUAGACUGGCCAACUAGGAACAGGAUCUGUAUUGGUAUUGCAAAAGGUUUGGCUUAUCUACAUGAAGAAUCAAGACUGAAGAUUGUCCACAGAGACAUCAAGGCCACUAAUGUGUUGCUUGAUAAAAAUCUUAAUCCUAAGAUAUCCGACUUUGGUCUUGCAAAGCUUGAUGAAGAAGAGAAUACCCACAUAAGCACUCGGAUUGUGGGAACUUACGGGUAUAUGGCACCUGAAUACGCAAUGUGGGGUCACUUAACUGACAAGGCGGAUGUUUAUAGUUUCGGAGUUGUGGCCUUAGAAAUUGUCAGUGGGAGGAGUGCCACUAGUAGUUACAGGAGAAAGGAGGAUUCCUUUAAUCUUCUUGCAUUGGCACUGGACUUAAAGGAAAAAGGGAAUUUGAUGGAGCUAGUGGAUCCGAGGUUGGAAUCAGAUUUCAACAAAGAACAAGUGAUGGUGAUGCUUAAUGUAGCUCUGCUAUGCACUAAUGCCACAGCAGCAAUCAGGCCUACAAUGUCUUCAGUGGUAAGCAUGCUUGAAGGCAAAGUUGAGGUUCAAAGUUUUUCAAUUGAUGGUAUAGAGCCCGAGAAGACAGAUAACCGGUUCCAAUACAGCCCUGAAAUGAGCACGAGUGACAGCCAUAGCCACGGUAUCUCAACUGACGGGCCAUGGACUGACACCACAUCCGCCUCUGAUCUUUACCCACUCAAAUUGAGUUCUCAGUGGCAAAAGAGAGAUUGAAGUGUUUGUUACACAUCCUCUCAAUUGUUUUUGCAUAUGUAUAGACAUUGCUGUUGUAUGUCCAUUUGGUUAUGUUUUUUUGACUACUAUUUUUUUUUUCUCAUUACUUUCUUAGUGCAUGAAUCCAUAUGAAUGCAUGUCAGGCUCUGUAAUGCAAGAGUCGGUUAUUUUAGAGUCUUUGUUUUUGGUCCGAUGAUCUAUUUAUUAGUAAGUAUAUGUCAUGUAGCUUUUUCUUUUUUUUGGUUGGUGUUGUUGUUGUUGUUGUGUCGUAGGCUGUUUGUUUUUGUUUUAGUUGAGGCUUAUUUGAAGAUGGUCUUGUGUUUGUGAUGAA